AUGGCUUUAGACAUUAGAAUCGUGACACAGUACAUUGGUCUUCGAAACAUAAUCGUCACAUUGGGGCCGCUGUACCUGACCUACUGGUUCUGUGUGUUUGUGUAUCGUAUAACCCUGCACCCACUAGCAAAGUUCCCCGGUCCUAAGCUUGCUGGUGCCACAUUUUGGUACGAGUUCUACUACGAUGUCUGGCCCACCCGGUAUCGCUACAUGUGGAAAAUUGAGGAAUUGCACAGGAAAUACGGUCCCAUAGUACGCAUCAACCCGAGGCAUAUCCACAUUCGUGAUCCAGACUUUCUGGAUCCUAUAUAUGCACCUCAGGGGCGUCAAAAGCGAAACACCGACCCAUGGUUCAGUAUCGCCACUGAAUCAGGCAUGAUGGGCUGGUCUCUGCUGCAGACGACCGAACACCAGUUGCACCAUGUGCGUCGCGCCUCCCUGAGCCGCUUUUUCAGUAAGAGCGCCGUUCGCCAGCUCGAGGGCCUCGUGACGGAUAAGAUUGACCGGCUGGUGGACCGGUUCGCCAAAACGUACCGCGAUGCGGCUGACCCAGGCCGUGGGGUGAAGAUGAACCUAACCCACGCCAUCGCAGCCUUGACUAUGGACAUAAUCUCUUCGUACGCCCUGGGUGGUGACAUGGGAAACCUAAGCCGCGAGGAAUGGGGCCAAGACUGGUUCGAGACUUUUCGCAAGCUGGGCAUGAGCCGGCCGUUGGGGCGCCAGUUCCGCACGUUCAUGCUGCUGUCCCUGGAGCUGGAGCCGUGGUUCGUCCGAUGGUUCAACCCGCGAGCCGCCGCCGUUGCCGAGAGGGCAAAGUACCCAAUGAAGACCAUCCAAGAACACAUCACGGCCCACGAGCAAGACAAAUCCACAGAGAAAUCAGAGGGAACCAAAAAGAUGUCAUCCAACAACCGGACCAUCUUCAUGGAGAUCUUGGACAGCAGCCUGCCACCCAAGGAGAAGUCGGUCGGCCGGCUGAACGCGGAGGCCUUUUUGGUCCUGGGAGCUGGCACUGAUCCCACCACGCGAAAUCUCACCGUGACUCUGUACUUUCUUCUGUCGGACAGGAAACUCUUGGAGCGUGUCCGUGAAGAGCUCAUGACUAUGAUGCCGCGGCCCGACUGUCCUGUCACAGUUGCAGGGCUAGAGGCCUUGCCGCUCUUCUCGGCUUGCAUCCAGGAGGGACUUCGAUUAACAAAUGCAGUUUCGACGCGCUCCCCACGAAUAGCACCUGACCACGAGAUUCUCUACAAGAACUGGGUAAUACCUAGAGGAACGCCCAUCAUGCAAUCGCUGUAUCUAUUGCAUAUGGACCCUGACGUCUUUCCGGACCCGACAAAGUACAACCCGCAACGCUGGUUGGAGGACACGACCCUCAAAUCUCGCUACAUGAUGGCAUUUGGCAGAGGGAGUCGCAUGUGUCUUGGAAUGAAUCUUGCCUAUGCCGAACUUUUCAUGACUAUAGCACGCCUUAUUACCCGGUUCGACAUGGAACCUUUCGAUGUUGUAAAGGAGCGUGAUGUUGACGUUGAUGGUGACUGCUUCAACGGGAUAACACGAGAUGAUAGCCCCGGGAUCCAGGUGACAAUUUUCAAGGAUAGUCUGCUCGGAUAG